AUGGUCAAUAAAUUGAUCUUCACCCAAUUUCUCGAAAGGCCAUUCUGGUUCCUGGAUGGGAAACUGGAUGAAAAUGAUGAGACUGGAGAUCCGUCGUUCGCUGAGCGACUCCACUAUCUGUAUCAAAGAUACCACGAAGCAAGUCCUGUGAACGCAAUUUGGUGGAGGAUGGUCACCCUCGGCCUGGCCAACCUGAAGGAAGGCUUGUCGCCCAGGGACCCUCGUGACAACCCUCCUUAUGUUUUUAGGGAUGAAAAUCGAAAGCGACAGGCGAACAUAGCAGAGCAUCUGGCGGAUCAUCUUCUAGAGGACAGCCUGUUUCAGCUAUUUCUCGAAGAGUUGGCCGGUGCGGAAGAGGAUACGAGGCGUCGUAGGCUGAUCGGGGUUCUCCAAGCCGGUGCGCAGUAUCUCACAGCGCAUGAGUUGGCAUUGGGAGGACAAGUGAGGGUUCAUCAGCUGCCCGAGUUGAAGCAGUUUGACCCAGCUACAGGAAUUAUGUUGGGUCGGGUCCAUCAAAAGGAGCGGAAGAAUACUCCGCCGUUGAUUCCCAAGCCUCACGGCCGGGUGAUCCUCGUUCUACGACCUGGGGUAUACCGAUAUGAACUUCCCAACCGAUUCGUGCCGUACGAUCGUCACAUCAGUGCUGUUGAGUUGCCGGGGAAUACUAACUCCUACCUGGUUUGCAAAGCCGAGGUUAUGGUGGAAGCAGUCAAGGCCAGCAACUCAUCUGACGCAAGUCAGCCCGAUCCCGAGGAUGAGGAUAUCUCCUUCCAACGCUAUUGGGGCUAA